AGAAUAGAAUUUAAUGGCCAAGUGUGUUUGGACACGCAAGGAAUUUGUUUUGGUGCAUAUGCUCUCAGUGUACAUAAAAGAAAAAGGAAAAAAAAUACCUUCAUCAAAGAUACAGAAACUGGAAGCCAUUUGUGGUCUUUGCAAGGCAAACUUUUCUCUUGGGGGAGAAAAAAAAGAGCGGAAUCACCUGCAGGGAUCAGUCCUGCGGCCCUAGAAAUGCUCCUGUGAAGGAAAAGGCAUCUGAAGACCCACCAGAGUCCUUGGAGCCAUUUGGAGUUGCUCUGCAGGAGAGAGAAAGGAUGGAGACACAACCUUUGGGAAAGGAGGGAGCCGGAAAAGGCCCUUCAGCUGCUCAGCCUGGGAAAGUGGGGAAGCUCUGGGCAAGAACCGGGCAGAAGAUCCUGGAGGAGGAAACCAUCUUCCUUUCAGAAGUUCAGUCCUGGAAUUUCAUCCAAUAUCAGGAGGUGGAGGGUCCCCGAGGACUUUGCAGCCGACUCCAUGAGUUUUGCAGGCGAUGGCUGAGACCAGAAAAGCACACCAAAGCCCAGAUGCUGGACCUGGUGGUUCUGCAGCAGCUCCUGGCUCUUCUGCCCCCAGAGAUGGAGGGGUGGGUGCGGGAGUGUGGAGCAGAGACCAGCUCCCAGGCGGUGGCCCUGGCUGAAGGCUUCCUCUUGAGCCAGGCGGAGGAGCAGAAAGAGCAGGUCCAGUUGCAGGACAUUGUUCCACUGUUUUCUCACUCAACGUCACUGAUGGAUAUUGAGGGCUUUGAGGUUGUGUUCCGAAUAUAA